ACCGAGGUUUUACAGAGAAAGGCACACGAAUGUGAUUCUAGUAAAGAUACAGUAGGUUCUCACGGAAUCCCUUUACGCACAUAGCUGGCCAGGUUUUUUCCCAGCACCAAUCCUCUCCUUUUCUCUCCACUCCCCUCUGCUGUCCCCACCCCUGAUUCCCGUGCAAUUUUCCCCAAUCCCAAACACUUAAUUGAGCAAUUGGUAUUCCUCACGUGUGGGCUGAUUUGUAGUUUGAACACGUGGCUCAUUCAAAAAAGCCGGAAUAGGAGAGGAUUUUUUUUUCUCCCCCUUCUUCUUCAUAUUCUAGGUUGUUGAUUUAGAGGCGGGCGCCAGCCUUACCGUGUGUGACAUUCUCUGUCUCUUUGCCAAGGGGUUUGGAGGAAGACACAAAGUAGUUUCUCCUCCUUUUUGCCCAGCCCGCCAUCGUUUGGAGACACGAGAUUAAUAAUUGAGCGUUUAUUUAUUGCGCGAUAGAGACAGAGGGGCGAGGGAGCGCAAACGCACUGCGAGGCUGCCAGUUUAAAUCUAUCUGUGGCUUGAACUACCGGGAAGCACGCCACAGCCACUCCGUAGCAGUAAAGGCGAUUUAAGCUACUUCAAACACUGCACAUCCGUGAGAGCAAAUAACUAUCUCCCUCAGCGUAAAGCUUGUCCCUUUUCGGCGUAGAACAUGAAUAAGCUAUACAUUGGCAACGUGAGCGCAGAGGCGAGCGAGGAGGACUUCGAAACUAUCUUUGAGCAGUGGAAGAUUCCGCACACUGGUCCAUUUCUUGUUAAAACUGGCUAUGCGUUUGUGGAUUGCCCGGACGAAAAGACCGCAAUGAAGGCCAUCGAUGUUCUUUCAGGUAAAGUUGAACUCCAUGGGAAAGUUCUGGAAGUGGAGCACUCUGUCCCCAAACGUCAAAGGAGCUGUAAGCUACAGAUCAGGAACAUCCCGCCUCACAUGCAGUGGGAGGUUUUGGACAGUAUGCUCGCUCAGUAUGGUACAGUAGAGAGCUGUGAACAAGUAAACACUGAGACAGAGACUGCAGUAGUCAACGUUCGAUAUGCAGCCAAGGACCAAGCCAGGCUGGCUAUGGAGAAGCUGAAUGGAUCUAUGAUGGAGAACUAUGCCUUGAAAGUGUCCUAUAUCCCAGAUGAGACUGCUGCACUAGAGGGUGCUUCUGCAGGGGGCAGGAGAGGCUUUAACGCCCGUGGCCCCCGUCGUUCCAGCUCUCCAAGUCUGGGCGCCCGGCCCAAGGUGCAGUCAGACAUCCCACUGCGCAUGCUGGUUCCAACGCAGUUUGUGGGUGCAAUUAUUGGCAAGGAGGGCGCCACUAUCCGCAACAUGACCAAACAGACCCACUCAAAGAUUGACAUCCAUAGGAAAGAAAACGCAGGUGCAGCAGAAAAGCCUAUCACAAUUCACUCCACACCUGAAGGCUGUUCGAGCGCUUGCAGAACCAUCAUGGAGAUCAUGCAAAAGGAAGCCCUCGACACAAAGUUUACCGAGGAGAUCCCACUGAAGAUCCUUGCACACAACAACUUUGUUGGGAGACUAAUUGGAAAGGAAGGACGCAACCUGAAAAAAAUUGAGCAGGACACUGGGACCAAGAUCACAAUCUCACCGCUCCAGGACCUGACCCUGUACAACCCAGAGCGGACCAUCACAGUGAAGGGUUCCAUUGAGGCAUGCUCAAGAGCUGAGGAGGAGGUGAUGAAGAAAAUCAGGGAAUCAUAUGAGAGUGACAUGGCUGCUAUGAACCUACAGUCCAACCUGAUUCCAGGCUUGAAUCUAAACGCUCUGGGUUUGUUCCCCAGUGGUGCAUCGGGCAUGGGUCCCUCCAUGUCCAGUGUCCCACCUCCUGGAGCUCAUGGUGGAUGCUCAUCAUUUGGACAGGGACACCCAGAGUCGGAGACGGUUCACCUGUUCAUCCCUGCUCUUGCAGUGGGAGCCAUCAUCGGAAAACAGGGUCAGCACAUCAAACAACUGUCGCACUUUGCCGGAGCUUCAAUCAAGAUUGCCCCUGCAGAAGGAAUGGAUGCCAAACAGAGGAUGGUCAUCAUCGUUGGACCGCCAGAGGCUCAGUUUAAGGCUCAGUGUCGCAUCUUUGGCAAGCUGAAGGAAGAAAAUUUCUUUGGACCUAAAGAAGAGGUUAAACUAGAGGCUCACAUAAAGGUUCCCUCCUUUGCUGCUGGACGAGUCAUUGGGAAGGGUGGAAAAACGGUAAAUGAGCUGCAGAACUUGACAUGCGCAGAGGUGGUGGUGCCAAGGGACCAGACGCCUGAUGAGAAUGACCAGGUUAUAGUAAAGAUCAGCGGACACUUCUUUGCAUGCCAGCUGGCCCAGAGGAAGAUCCAGGAGAUCCUGGCCCAAGUGAGGAGACAGCAGCAGCCCAAACCCACAUCUGGAGCCCAGCCUCCACUGUCUCGCAGGAAGUAAAGACCCAGUGGGUCUGCGAGAAUGGUGACUCCAUCUGCCAGAGGACUUGACACGUGGCCAGAUGGCACAAGAGUCCAGGGGGAGGAGAUGAUGACCGAGGGUCGAAAUGCUCAUCUUGGGGGUCAGAGGGUAUCAGAACCCAACCAAACAUCCACCCCUCGUCUUACUUGAUAAGGCUUCAAGUGUGGCUAACAAGACCCUUGCCUCUAGACUUCAUCCACCGCAUCUCAGAGAAUGUACUUCUGAGGGCUCCCAACAUCACAUGCCCUUACGUGCCCCUUGACUGCUCCUCUCCUCCCCUCACGGGUGUGUUUAGAGGAAAAGAAAAGAUUAUAAUAAAAUAAAUAUACCCCCCUUCUUUUUUUUUUACACUAGAAACACAAAGAAGAAAUAAGGAUCCUCCUAUCACCUUCUUGGUGUGGUACUUCAAACCUGAAAGUGUCUUGGCUGACUUCAGAUUUAGUUCACACUUGCGUUUUUUUUUUAAUGUGUUUUUUUUGUUUGUUUUUUUGUAGCAUUUAAUUCGUUGAAGAUUCAUCAUGAGUUUUGUGUGGGAAGGAAAAAAGGCAUUGCUAUCAAGGUAUUGCUAUCAAGGUUCUGAUUGGCUCAACAGACAGGUUUAUGGGGGGAGGUUGGCUCAGAUUAGGUGGGCCAGGUAUAGGGGAAAGAAUAUUGUUUCAGGACGGGGCCCCUGAAAGGGUGAAAUAUAUUGGGUGUCCUG